AACUCAUAACUAAUGACAGGUCAUUAAUCGAACUAGCCUUGUAGUCUUAUCCGGAGGGAAAAGCAUAUGCCACCACGGAUUCUCUCCGGGGAUGAAGCGAGGGACGAGUAGGGUCUGAAUUGCUCAUUCUGGAUCUUCAAUGUCCAAAUUAGGCAAUCUAACAAUAAACUCCUCGUUAUUACAGGGUCAUUGCAACCAUUCUGUUACCGCAAUGGCCACCUCUACAGUCAACUUUUGUCGGAUUACGUAUCCCUCUGCUGCACUACCUCUUAACAGAGCAAUGCAGCUCACGGUCAGUAAAAGCACCCAAAGCAAAAGCUUAUGCCAUUUAAUACAUAAAAACCUCAAGGUUGAAGGGCACAGAGGGGUUUCUUUCUGCAUGUCUAUUGAUGUUGGGAAAGAAGAUAAUUCAUCUGUUGACGUGAAGCCCAAUGGACCUGUUGAGGCGGACGGCGAAAUGUAUUCAGCCGAAGCUGCUGUUGCUAAUCCCAGAUCGGAACUUGAAGAAAAAUUUGCUGUUCUUAACACUGGGAAAUAUGAAUGCAGUUCAUGUGGAUAUGUUUAUGACCAAGCCUUGGGCGAUCAAGUUUAUCCAAUAGCCCCUGGUUUAGAAUUCUCUAAGCUCCCGGAGGAUUGGAGGUGCCCAACAUGUGGGGCGGCCCAAUCAUACUUCAAUAGCAAAAGCAUUGAGGUUGCAGGUUUCGCUCAGAACCAACAAUUUGGCCUUGGAGGAAACUCAUUAACAGGAGGGCAGAAAAGUGCUUUGAUUUUUGGGUCCCUUUUGUUUCUCUUCAUCCUCUUUCUCUCUGGUUACUUUCUUCAAUAAGGUACUCUAAAUUCUGUUUCCGAGAUCUAUCCUUACUGUCCAACAGCUAUUGCAUUGACCCAUUUACAUUUUGGUGGAAUGCAGCAGGUUUACUAUGCCUCUUUCCAGUUAAUUUUCAGGUUUAGUUUUUCAUAUUAAGCUUAUCAAAGCUAGUGGAUAUAGCUUUCCUGUUUUGGAGCUGAGCUUCACAUUAACAAUCAUUUAAUUUAACUUUAGUGUCGCUGAACUUGAAUGGUUUAAGCACGUUGGAGUUUGUACUAAUGCUAGACAUAAUUCAUGAUGCAUUAAGAAUUUUGGUCGUGGUAUUUGUUUGUUA